AUGUUGCAAACCGAAAAAACGUCCCGAAACAGACUUUCAGGCAAAGUUGCUAUUGUUACUGGUGCCGCCAGCGGCAUUGGCUUUGAAACAGCUGCUUUGUUUGCCAAAGAAGGUGCGAUGGUAGUUUGUGCUGAUAUCAAUCAAGCCGCACUUGACAAGGCCGUAUGCCGGAUCCAUGAGAUAGUCAAUGCUGACGGAACAGUAGAACGGGAAGGACACAAUGAUUUUGCCAUAGCCGUGAAAACUGAUGUGUCUAAAGAAGAAGAAGUCAAAGCAUUAGUAGACCGAGCAGUUGAAACUUACGGUAAAUUGGAUAUUAUGUUCAAUAAUGCUGGUAUCAUGCAUCCGGAAGACGAUAAUGCUUUGAAUACAGAAGAACGAAUAUGGGAUUUGACCAUGGACAUCAAUGUUAAAGGGGUUUGGUACGGUUGUAAAUACGCUAUUUUGGCUAUGCGAAAAAGUGGAGGAGGCUCUAUCAUCAAUACUGCUAGCUUUGUGGCCUUAAUGGGUGCUGCUACACCUCAGCUAGCAUAUACCGCAUCCAAAGGUGCCGUUCUUGCCAUGACACGUGAGCUUGCUAUGGUUCAUGCUCGUGAAAAUAUACGUUUCAACUCUCUUUGUCCCGGCCCCAUUCGUACACCUCUCUUGAUGGACUUUUUAAAUACUGAAGAGAAGAAGCAAAGACGUCUUGUCCAUGUGCCUCAGGGCCGAUUCGGUGAAGCAAUUGAACAAGCUUAUGGCGCUCUUUUCCUUGCCUCAGAUGAGAGCUCAUUCGUUACCGGUACGGAUUUCAGAGUUGAUGGUGGUCUAGCCUCGGCUUAUGUGACACCUGAAGGAGAGCCGAAAGGCAUUGUACCUAUCAACUUCACCGACGCCUGA